AUGGAAUCGUCACGAACGUCUACGUUAACAAAUGGAUCAGAGAAAUCCAGGAGGAGGAACACGGAUUAUUUGCAAAUCGAUCCUUCCAGCACGUUUAUCAAUAAUACGAGUCGUGGAUUCGCAGAAGAGCUACCCGAAAACUUUCUCGACACAAUCAGCCCUCAUCCUGUGACCCCAUCAGCCAGCUCUUCUUCUGAAGAAUCUGCUUCUGUUGCCGAUGAUAUUCCAGCAUCUUCAUCGGCACCUCAGCUUGCUUCUUUAGCUCCAAUGAGCUUAAAUACAGAUCAGCCAAGCAGCAGUUUCGCAAAUGUUGAUCUUCUCUCUUCUCCGUAUGAGCAUAUUAAAAAUGAGCCAGAAGAAUAUUACAGAUUUUCUGGAAGUUCAGCACUUUUGUCACCUUUACAAGUUGACCCCCGGCGUCGAGAAUCUCAUGAUUUCAAUACUUCUCCCUACAUUAAGGAAGAAGAAGAUCUCGAUAGUAGCCACCUACUUAUGGCUGGUAUUCGUCCGGAUACACCUCCAAAUGACAGAGAUCUGAGUGAUAUGUCAAUGUUAAAUGAAGAUCAUCACAAUGGUCCUAUGAUAGGAAGUCCAUCACCCCAUAGUUCAUUUGGUUCUGAUCCCACUCCGAUGAUACAACGCCAAUUGAUUAAAAACGAGGAUGACGUGUCAUCUGGAUAUGUAAAACAGAGGCCUCCGCCGUAUAUAAAACCGAGGAACGGAAUGAGAAUGGAAUUCGAAAAGACUCCUUAUCAGAGAAAUUCUCGGAAACAAAAAAAACCUCUAGGUUUGCUCAACCAGUCGUCUACAUCUUCUAUCAACCCACCGGCUAUUUCGUCUUCGAACAUUCCAACGCCACCUUCUGCUCAUGUUCAACCAACACGUCGGAUAUAUUCAACUCAAGAUUCCAAUGAUCCUUUAAAUGCUGAAAUUGGAGAAGACAUCUACAUCGACACGAAAGAUUUGUGCAAGAGAAUAGCCUUCGAAUUGAAGAAUCAUUCGAUUCCUCAAGCGAUAUUUGCCGAAAGAAUACUGUGUCGCAGUCAAGGAACUCUAUCAGAUUUACUUCGUAAUCCGAAACCAUGGAAUAAAUUAAAAUCAGGACGUGAGACGUUCCGUCGAAUGUAUAAUUGGGUCGCUCAACCAUUGGCCACGAGGCUUGCUAUACUCGAUAUGAAAACCGAGGAAGUUAACCGAGCAUCUGGAAUGUCUCCACCGACUCCAGCACAAAAUGUGCGCACUCAUAGAAGAAGUGUAUCCGAUCACGAUGGACCAGUUUCAAAACGUCCUCGUCUCGUUUUCACUGACAUACAAAAGCGUACACUUCAAGCAAUUUUCAAAGAGACACAACGUCCAUCUCGUGAAAUGCAGCAAACAAUUGCUGAACAUCUUCGCCUCGAUCUAUCGACUGUUGCCAACUUUUUCAUGAAUGCGCGCCGUCGUAGUCGUCUUGGCGGUAACAUUGAUGAGCCGACGCCUUAUCAACAGGUGCGGAACAUCACACCUCCUCCUGGUACUGAUGGGAAUCCGUUAAUGAACGGAGAAGAUCAUGUGCCUCUUCUGAACACUGUAAUGGCACAAAUGUACAAAGAAGAUAACAUGGCAGCGAACAAUCACUCAGCUGACCAACAAGAAAUGAUCGAUCAUGGAUUCGGGGAAGUUGCUGGUCCCAGUUCAAGCCAUAACAAUGUUGGAAACUCGAUGCAAAACGGUCAUUCACGUGGUGACGAAGAGGAAGACGAUGAUUUGGACGAGUUGAACGAUGAUGAGUUGGCAUACGAAGAAGACGUGGAGAUUGGAGAUGAAGAGGACGAUGAUGAAAUUGCAGCAAAUGGUGACAUGCUUCCGGUUCCGAAGGACGAAGAAGAAGAAGGAGAUGAUAAAGCAGUUAUCAAAGAAGAAGUCCCAGACGAUGGGGAGUAUGGGGCUGCCAAGUUGGCAGCUGACUAG